AAACUGAGUUUUGGUAAAGAAGAGAAACUUGCUUUCAUACAAAAUUAUGGCAGACAAAUGAUUAAGUGGAAUAUCUUCGCAAGUAAGCAACCUUUGUACCGAUUUUCCUGUGGGACUGUAUCCAAGCCAAGUAGGCACCCGCUAGAGAUUACAUAUCGUCCAUAGGUAGAUAUCUAUCAUUUAAAACAAGUCUAUCAUCAUUACUGGACACAUUUUAAAUCUCUGAUACCGUAGUAUCUAUUUUUUUAUCACAACAAAUGCCGGUAAUUAUACCUUAAUCAUUAACUAUGUUGGUAGUAUGAACUGCGAUCUUGUAAUGAUAAACGGAAGCUGAAUGAUAAUAACGUAAUUAUUGAAUCAUUGUUACUUUAGUCAUCGUGUUAUUAUUUAAGAUAUACAAUGUGCAAAGGGCAAGGUUACACGUGAACCUGUUAUAAUUACUUACUAAUAUUACCGCGACAUUACACUUGUAAGUUGCUUCCAUAAAAUACAUACCUACGUAGGUACGUAAGGUACGAAAGUAUUAGCAACUUACGUAAAUUGUAAGAAGUUUAAAGAAAUCAAACUCUAAUAAUGUGUAAUGCUGUUUUCAACGGUGUUCCGAAAAAGUAGGCGGUUCUUAACUAGGCUGUUUUUUUUAGAUCUUUACCUGUGUUCAUAUUAUAAUAUUGGACCCAAGCUCACGUUUUAUCGGUUUUAGCCCACACGUGAGGCAAACUUGUUUUAAGUGUUUCUGGUUUGUUUUUGUAUCGAAGUUAUCUUAAGCCGGGUGAUUAAUGUCUAUCACAAUGUAAUGAAAAACAUAUGUAUAUAAAACGUUAUUGUGUUAUAAUUAUUUUCUUGGUAAAUUAUGGUGUCUGUAAUGUCCCCUCUAUUUUCUAACUACUUUCCGUACUUACUUAUGAUGGCUUCUCAACAGUCAAAUAUUUUCUCAAAUCGGUUCAAUAGUUUCAGGACUUUUAGUAUACCUACCAAUGCUUUCCAUGGUUGGUUACCGAGUUAAAAUUCGUUGAAAAAGUUCGUCAUAAUGAUAACAAUCUCGAGACUUUGACCUUUGACGACCCUGUACAUUUAUAGCACCACCGUUGAAGGACUCUAUCGAUCGCCGUUACAACACGGUUCAUGCAAACAAUGGAAAUCUAUGUGUCGUUUCAUGGACGAGAAAUAGUCCUCCAUGGAAAUUUUGUAAGACAGAAAAGCUUGUAUCUACAAAGCUGAUAGAAAGAUAAAAUUAUUUGAAUUGAAGAAAAUGUUUACCGACUAGUGUAUCCCGAGACACCCCCAUCAAGAUUGAUUGACCUAAAACUAGGACUUAGGAAGAUCUUUCAGAUCAGCUGGACGUAGAGGGCUAAGUAGAAAAGGAGAGGAUCUAUCCCACGUGAAAGUAAUAGUAGCAGACAUAGGAGAUGUGGCGUCUCUCCACGCGAUGUGUGCUCAGACGAGGCUGGUUGUCAACUGCUGUGGGCCUUACCGCAUGUAUGGAGAGCCGGUCGUCAAGGCCGCUGUGGAGAGCAAGUGUCACUACAUCGAUGUUAGUGGAGAACCACAGUUUAUGGAGCUGAUGCAGAUUCGCUACGACGAACGCGCGCGGGAGGCUGGCGUGUUCGUGAUCAGCGCGUGUGGAUGGGACAGCGUCCCGGCUGACAUGGGCGUCAUCUUUCUUAAACAGAACUUUAAAGGCACAUUAAACUCAGUGGAGUCGUACCUGAGCGGGUACCUACCGCCCGACAUCGCGGAGGAGUCGAAGGAGCGAGGCGUCAUUGGCUUUGGGACAUGGGAGUCUAUCAUUUAUGGAAUGGCAGAUCACAGCCAACUAGCGCAGCUGAAGAAAGCUUUGUUCCCGGAACCUUUGCCACAGAUGAAACCUGAGGUGAAACUCAAGAAUCUUCAAAAAAAGGACGGCAGUUGGUACCUCCCAUUCCCAGGAGCAGACGAGUCCGUGGUGUACAGGACACAGCGGUUCCUCUACCAGAACAAACAGGAGCGCCCCGUUCAGUUCCAAGCAUACUUCAAGGGCGGAAGUCUUGGACGGUCCCUCCUCACUAUCUGUAGUGGCGUGGUCAUAUUUAUGAUGGCAAAAGCAGAAUGGACGCGAAAGUACUUGUUGAACCAUCCGAAGUACUGGUCUUCAGGGUACGUGACGAAGCAAGGCCCGACAGAGAAUGUCAUGAAUAAUACGCACUUCACUUUUGAGCUGGUUGGUAAGGGUUGGGCGGAAGGCGCUAAUGUGGACACAAUGCCGCCUACAAAAACUGUUGUGGCUAAGGUAACUGGUACGAACCCUGCUUACGGUUCUGCAGUAGCGGCACUCCUCAUGUCCGCAGUCACAAUCCUCAAAGAGAGACACAACAUGCCAGAAAUUGGAGGAGUUAUGACACCGGGUUCAGCGUUCAACAAUACCAAUCUAGUAACGAGACUGAACGAAACCCAGCUGAAAUACGAAAUUGUUAGCUCUUAAUUUAGUUUAUUUUAUAGUAGGUAAGUGUAAUUAGAUGUCUACUUAGUUUUAUUCAACUUACGAUAGGUCCAGAUUUCGAAACCAAAAUGUAUAAUUUUUAAUUAUGGUUAAAUUCGGUUCCUGCGCCUUGUGGUGGAAGAAAUCAAGGCGUAUUGAUCUUAGUACCUUCCUUGGAUAUGAUAAACAUUUAAUUUGCUUUCAGAAACUCGCAAGCAUUAAAAGUAAAUUCAAAUUGUUAACUAUCGUGAUUCUUUAAAGUCAUAAGUAAUCUUUUAUUCAACGAAUUGUUUUUAGAUUUUUGUACCCUCAGGAUUUUACAUUUUUCCCCAUACUUUCGUUAGUCACUACCGCCAUCUACAAUAUAACUGCGAACUAACACCUACGUGCUAUUCUGUUAAGUUUGAACGAUCGACAAUAGAUGUCGCUGGCAACUUCAUCUUGUAAGUCAUUAUUUUUAUAUCUUUUGUGAUAUUAGACUACAGAGGCCCGAUUCUCCUAAGUUAAUAAUGUCAAAAUCGAAUAGAAAU